AUGUUGGCCCUUUCCGAGCCCAAGAACAUGCAUCGAGUGCGUGCCGACGAGGCCUCACGGCUCAAGAUGCAGGACUCUCUGCGUAGUGCCGCCGAGGCCAUGGAAACGCCCAACGACACGAUGCUACGUCUGUUCAACGGGGCUCUCGAAGUUCCCAUGAUUAAAGCCGGCGUUGACAUUGGUCUCUUCAAGAUGCUCGUCGCGAGCCAGACACCUUUGACUCUGGCAAAGAUUGCAAACACUACAAAGGCGGAGCCAGUCUUUCUCGGGCGCAUUCUGCGCUACCUCGCGGCGACGCGCUUCAUCACGGAGACAGGCAAGGACCAGUUUAGCGCCAACCUCAGCACCCAGUCACUCGCAGAUCCCGCCAUAGAAGGCAGCUUGAACUAUAUCUUCGCAAUUGCCAUUCCGGCUUACAUGGCCCUCCCCGAGUUCUUGCGGCAGACGAGCUUUCAGGCUCCCCCCGGCACCCAAUGUGCGUGGCAGCAGUCGGUAAAGACGGACAUGGACUGGUUCCCUUACUACAAGCAGCAUCCAGAGCAGCUCUCAUACUUCCAGAAGCUCAUGAGCGUGCCACGCGACGGCGAAUGGUUCGACGUCGUCCCGUUUGCUGAAGAGGCCGCCAAUGUCAGCCCGGACCGCGCACUCUUCGUCGACAUUGGAGGCAGCAUCGGCCACCAGAGCAAGCGGCUGAGGUCAAAGUACCCCACGCUUCCCGGCAGGGUCAUUGUCCAGGACCUGCCGGAGACCGUCAAUGUGGCGACGCCUGCACCGGGCGUCGAGUUUAUGGCCUAUGACUUUUUCACGGCCCAGCCCGUCCAAGGCGCCAGGUUCUACUACAUGCGCACUGUCCUUCACGACUGGGACGAGGAGAACUCGAUCAAGAUCCUCAAGAACACGGCCGCUGCUAUGAGCGCCGGCUCACAGCUAUUGAUCGAUGAGAUGGCGCUGCCAAACAAGGACGUGCAUUGGUGGUCAGCGUGCCUAGACUUGCACAUGUACACCAUGCUCAACGCAUUGGAGAGGACUGUCGAUCAGUGGCACGACUUGCUGGGCAAGGCCGGCCUCAAGGUCGUCGACAUCAGGACGUACGCGUCGGUCAUGAAAAACUCCAUCAUUGUUGCCGAGCGUCUGUAA